AUGGCACGCUUCUUCUUCCAAAUACUGCUUGCUGCCGCGAGCCUCGUCGCUGGCCAAAGCACAACGUGCCCAAAUGAGGUUGCCAUCUACAACCAGCAAGAUCGCACUAUGAGUGCGACCAGCAACUGGUUCCUUGUUCCGGUGCCCAAGGAUGCUGUCAUGAAGGCCCUCAAGGAGUCGUUCUCGAGCUUGGUCAACCUAGGCGGACUAAAUCUGCUAUCUCUUCCCGAAGAGCUGAAAUUUCCAGAGGGCAUGCACCCGGUCAUCGUCAACGCCGGAGCCAACACCGAUAUCCGCCAGGGCGGCCUCCAGCUUGCUACAGGAUUGAUGGUCGCCAGCUCUAUGAUCCCCUAUGUCGGCGUCGGUAGCUCCAAGACACCACUCAAUGCGCCCCUCGUGUCGUACCUUGCCGGUGUGGACGAAGUAACCCAGGGUUACGUUGCCGGCCUUGUUCCAUCUCUAGUUGGCGGUAUUCAAACCAGAAUCGGCGCAUUUCUACCACUCAAUGCACCAUUCCAAUCAUACAGGGAUGGAUCUUUCGGCAUCAACUCGAAGUGGGCACAGGCACCCAACCCUGUCAGCGGUCCUGGCCUAUACUCCGAGGCGUUCGAUCUCAAGUUCGUCAGCGAACCCAACCAAGCAGCACCCAAAUACUCCCUCGACAUGUGGAAAAGCAUGGUCAACCAGCCCUUCUUGCUCGGCAGCGUGGGAAGCCUCCUUUCACCCAAGUGCCAGCGCAACGUCUACUUCUUUAACAACGCCACCGCCCAGCCAACUUACCGCUCGGGCAACGUAACUCUUGGUCCUUCGGCAGGUGCCGAUGUCUUCUCUGCUACCUUGCAAAAGGCCAGUCCAGACGGUUCCGGAUUCUACCAGGGAGUUUAUGGCUUCACUGGCUGUGGGCAGGCUGUUGGAUAUGGCGCUGUUGUUCCGCUAGGCGAGGACUGCGAGGCUGCUGCUCAGGCCAUUAAGAACACCCCUGGAGCUUUGUAA